AUGGACAGGAGAUACAAAGGCUGCGAAGCAAACCAGUUUGUUUUUGGUCCAUCUACAACGAGAAUCCCAAGCUCUUUGAGACCUGGCGUAACAGAAGUUUUCUUUGUGGAAAGCCAGAUUAGAACAAUUCCUGAUGAAGCCUUUUCUAAUCUCACCUUUCUAACAAAGGUGGAGUUUAUAAACACCAAAACGUCCUCAAUUGAGCCAGAAGCUUUUGCAGGUCUGGUAAACCUGGUGCACCUCGAGAUCUCCAACAAUCCACUGAUGUCACUUCCUGUGGGAGUGUUUAGAGACCUUUCCAACCUGGAGAAGACUUUGCUGAUGAUGAAUAAGCUGCGUCGUCUGGAUAAAGGCUUAUUUGAUGGCUUAAAAAAGGUAACACACCUCAUGCUUCACGGGAAUGAGAUCCAAAUGAUUGAGGAUGGGGUCUUUGAUGAUCUUGAGAGCCUCACACUCCUCCAUUUAGCUAAAAACAAUCUCUCUGCUGUGUCUACUGACUGGUUUUCAAAGAUGAACAAACUGCAGACCUUGAGGCUCUAUGAGAAUCAGCUCACAACCAUUCCUGAAGACAUCUUUCAGAAUUUGCCAAAUUUGAGGGAAAUUGGCUUGCAUGGCAACAAAAUUGUGGAACUGCCACCAAAUUUACUGCCACAUAAAGGUAAACUCCAGAAGCUUUAUUUGGAAAGUAAUCUCCUGACUCAUCUGCCUGAGGGUUUUUUUGUUGGCUUCCCACAGCUUAAAACACUGACACUGCACAAGAAUAAACUAACCAGUCUACCUGCAGUGCUUUUUGGAGAUCUGCCCAAACUAACACAAUUAAGUUUCAGCCAAAACAACCUCAGCUCUCUUCCUAAAGGGAUACUCAGCCCUCUGAAGGCGCUAACAAAACUGGAUCUAUCAAAAAAUCAAUUUGCAACACUGCAUUCUGAGUAUUUUGAAGGUGCUGAGAAACUCAAGGACCUGAAUCUACAGAACAACAUGAUUGAUUCACUGGAUGAAAAUGUGUUUGAAAAGCUACAAUCGCUGAUAACACUGAAGCUAGCUCAUAACAACCUGCAGACGCUCCCUGGGGACAUUUUUCAACCUCUGAUCAAAUUAAAGAAGGUUUAUCUUAAUGACAACCCCUGGCACUGUGACUGUAAUCUGAUUGAUCUACACCUCUGGAUGAAGCAAAACCCUGAAAAGGUUGGGGAUCCUGUGUUGUGUGAGCAUCCCGAAAAUCUAAAAGGACAGGAAAUGACCUCAUUGACAGAGGAGCAAUUCAUUUGCCUCACCACGAUCAUUCCUCUAACAACAACCAUCACAACAACUCCCAUGAUUACAACAACACUCCCAACGACGGCCCUGAAGACCACCAUUCUUACCACUACAACACCAACCACCACUUUGCCAACUACAACCGCAACCACUACCACAGUGAGUACCACACUCCCAACUACUGACCUAACAACCACCAUUGCCACUACAACACUUCCUACUACAACCCCAACCACCACAGUGGGUACAACGCGCCAAGCUAACAACCAUCAUCGCCACUACUACAACCCCGGCCACCACGUUGAGCUGCAGGAGGAAUAAUAAAGGCAGCAGAGAUUUAAAGGCCAGGAACAACAAGUGUGUACUUUAGGCUUGACCGCCCAACACCGGCAGCCCAUGAACUUUAGAAGCACAGAGGAGCUGCUCACUGAUUACUGUGGUUGACUUGGCAAAUGUGGAUAGAGUUGCUUUGUGAUCCCAUAAGAUAGAGCUGAUUAUGAGAUCACAAAGGCAGCAGGUAUAACUGCUUCAGCUUCAUUCAGACCUCCCUGCUAAGACACAAGUGAAUAGAAGAUGUACUGGUUAUAAAAAUCAAAAAAAAAAAAAAACAGCUUUUGAGCCACAUGGUUAUGGCAGUGAAUGGUGAAUGUAACCUCAAUGAAACAAAGCUCCCUUCUCACAGAAAUUAAGGCUUCAUUGAGUAGUUUCUUAUACCUUUAUCCCAUUUUCUCUGACAGUAACGGCAAUUUGACUGAGGCUUUUCCUGCUAAUAGGAUACUUUUUAACGUGUUGCUAGCUUUCUCUUAUGCAAAAUCUUACAUGCCAUUUUGACUCGACUGGAAUAAAAAUAAUCUUUUGGUAUGCACUCUUUACAUGCUGAUGUACACUGAAUAAAUGCAUUCUUUAAAAGGAAAAA